CUAAGAGCUUGCUCGAUGGGUGGACUUGUAUACUUCUGAGACGCGAUAAACUGAAUCAUACAUUGCGUUCCAUUUCAAGUUUUAAUUCAGGUGAACUAGCUCUAAUUAUCAGAGUGACAUCUUUAAAAAGAAACCUAUGCUACACGAACGAUAGAAAAAGAAAAAAUAUCAAUAUAUUUGCCUCGUUUUCGAUAAAAGGGGAAGUCGAUGAAAAUAGUGAAUCAUUCGCAAACAGUGUACUCGGAAUAGAACACAAUACUUCCUAUUAGGUUAAUUUUUAACGACGAUAAUAGGAUACUGAUAGAGUCCAGACUUUGAACCGUCAAGCCUGUAUACCUAUACAGUUAGUAAUAGGAGAGAUAAGGGAAUUUAAAUGAUACCAACUCUUCAACUAAAAUAGCAAAACAGUUUUAAUGACAUAAAGUGUGACAUAAAAAAACACUUGAAUUCUUAUCACAAAAUCGACCUCAGGGAAUCAGACGACAAAGAACUGACGCUAACUAGCACAGAUUCUCAACACGCGGGAACGAUAUAGGACAGGUGAAGUAUCCAACAUGAAGGCACUACUAUUGGGAUUAUUGGUUGUCAUAGUGACAUGUGAAGAACAAUGUAACACCCCAACAUACCCAGAUAUAAAUGGGAAAUGUAACUGUGAUCCAACGUCAAGCCAGCCAUUCACAGUUAGAUGUGACGGUCAGAACAUAGGCAAGUUACCCAGCAUUCCAUCGGCCACGCAUACAUUGUACAUUGCCAACGACAGAAUCGAACAACUGAAUAUUCCCGGGACUUCAAAGGAUCUUCAGGGUUUAUUCAUCAGAAAGUCUGGAAUAAACAGCAUUGCCGAAAAUGCCUUUCAAGGAAUGACGAAGCUAGGUGCUCUAGGAUUAGAGGAUAAUAAGCUCACUUCGGUUGCUGCUAAUACAUUCAAUGGCCUAUCAAACGUAACGAAAAUCUACUUGAGCAAUAACUCGAUAGACAUUAUAGAAGCGGAAGCAUUCAAUCUCCCCUCAUUGAAGGAUUUAAUACUCAGUGGGAACCAAAUAAAAGAUUUGCCAAAGAAUACAUUCGGGGCAACUAGUCAGCUGACAUCCAUUGAUGUAAGUGACAACAAACUGACCAGCUUAGCAGAUGGCCUUGGACAGUUGACAUCUUUAGAGACACUGCAUUUAAAUCGCAAUCACAUCGCUAGCCUUGGUGCCAGUAGACUGUUGUAUCUUAUCAGCCUCACCACGAUACACGCUCACACCAAUUAUGUCAAUAAAAUUGGCCCCAAGGCAUUUGAUGGACUAGCCCAACUUAAAACACUAAACCUUGGGAACAAUCAAGUUUUGGAAAUAUCAAAGGAAGCUUUUCAAGUUUGUAGAUCAACAAUUAAAGAGGUGCAUUUACAGAACAACAAUCUGUUUUCCCUCCACGAAGAUACAUUGCCGUGGGAAGAUUUGACAACAUUAAAACUCGAUGGCAACCCAUGGGCCUGUGAAUGCGAUUUGACAUGGUUAAUGACCGGGAAUACAAAUAUGAAAUACGGCAACCUUACAUGUGACGCACCUGCUGAACUAAAAGGGACACCACUGGACAAGGUAGACCAAAAGGCGCUUGACUGCCCUGAACCCGAACCUAGUCCUAAAUCUGGACUCUCCAAAACUCAUCUGAUCUUGGCCAUUGCCAUCCCAGCAGGAGUCGUCCUCCUAAUAAUCAUAGUUGUCGUCAUAAUCUGCUGUAGACGCAAGAGAAACGCAGAGGGAACAAAGAGUGUGAAGUACAGCGCCGUCUAUAAGCCAACGACAGAACAGAAAGCGUAAAUAGAUAGCAUCGAAAGAAAAUUGCUGUAGGAAAAUAAUGAUUGAACAGAAAAUUCAUUUGGUUGUGAGAAUCUGAAGUGUAAUAUAAUUGUAUAUGUUUAGCGCAUAAAUAUGUACAUGCGAUUGUAUAUUGUGAUCCCGAUUAUUGCUUGCUUAAUUUCUUCAAGUCAACAAAUAAUUUAUAAUGGUGUAUAUAAUGACAUAAAAUAUUUAAUUUUAGUGUUGUCAGAUGUCAACAAAUCACUUUGAUUAUUAAAUAGCAUCUUAAUAUUUUCUGUUUGAACUUUUAAUGAAACACGAAAUGGGAGCUGGUGAUAUGGUUUACAAAGUAGAUGUUUUGCAACUUCUUUAGUUUAUAUUAUUAGUAGCCUAAAGCUUCAUUUCUCAGUCAAGAAACCUUCUUCAUUGGCAAACUUCGGUCACUGUCGUGUUCAAUUGUAUUGUUAAAUACGCAUUUAUAAUGUACAUAAUGUAAGUUUGUAAUAAAUAUGUUUUGUAUUUUUCACAACACUGCCAUCUUUUUAUAAAAAAAAUAAAAUAAACGUUCAGUCAUUUUUGCUUUAAAAA